CAUAACGUUGUCUGUUAAACCCAAAACCCCAAUUCCUCCCUCCCUUUCGCUCUUAUCUAAUGACUUCAUCACUCUCACUGCUCACUUUAUUUCGUCUCCCGCCAUCAAACGACUGCUCUCCUAGUAAUCCGAGCAUCAAUCACCGGCGAGCCGUCGUAUUUCCUUCCAAGAAAUGGAGGUGUUCAAUAUCUCCCGGGCAGCCGCCUCCGCCUCCGCCGAAACAGCGGCAGCGGCAGUCCAAGAACUCAGAAUCCGGCGAAAAAGGAAUCGACCCUGUUGGGUUUCUCUCAAAAUCUGGAAUUACACACAAAGGUUUCGCACUUUACCUCCGUGAAAGAUACAAAUCUUAUAAGGACCUAAAAGACGAGAUCUUGAAACGCCACAUUGAUUUCAGAGACAUGGCUUCUGGAUUCGAAUUGUUAGGAAUGCAUCGCAACUUACAACAUCGAGUGGAUUUCAUGGAAUGGGCUCCAGGCGCACGCUACUGUGCAAUCGUCGGAGAUUUCAACGACUGGUCACCAACAGAAAACUCAGCACGCGAGGGGCAUUUUGGUCACGAUGAUUACGGGUACUGGUUUGUCAUCCUUGAAGACAAAGUAAGAGACGAAGAACAACCAGACGAACUCUACUUCCAACAAUACAAUUACACCGAUGAUUACGACAAAGGCGACACGGGUGUCACAGCCGACGAAAUUUUCCAAAAAGCAAACGACGAAUAUUGGGAACCCGGUGAAGAUCGGUUCAUAAAAUCCCGAUUUGAAAUCAUCGCAAAGCUAUACGAAGAAAUUUUUGGGCCAAAUGGGCCUCAAACGAAAGAGGAAUUAGAAGAAAUACCAGAUGCUGAAACUAGAUACAAGAAGUGGAAGGAAGAACAUAAAGAUGAUCCUCCUAGUAAUUUGCCAUGUUACGAUGUGAUCGAUAGUGGAAAAGAGUAUGAUAUUUUUAAUGUGAUUGAUGAUCCUGUUUCAAAAGCCAAAUUUCGCGCUAAAAAACCACCUAUUGCAUAUUGGAUUGAGACACGUAAAGGAAGAAAAUCUUGGGAGAAAAAGUAUGCUCCUGCUAUACCUCAUGGAAGCAAGUAUAGGGUUUAUCUUAAUACCCCUAAUGGGCCUUUAGAACGGAUUCCAGCUUGGGCUACUUAUGUUAAUCCAGAGGUGGAAGGAAAUCAAGGUUAUGCAAUACAUUGGGAACCUCCUCCUGAAGAUGCAUAUAAAUGGAAACAUAAGAAACCAAAAGUUUCAAAGUCUUUGCGUAUAUAUGAAGCACAUAUUGGUAUUAGUGGUUCUGACCCAAAGAUUGCCUCCUUCAAUGAGUUCACUGAGAAGGUUCUCCCUUAUGUUAAACAAGCCGGAUACAAUGCAAUACAAUUAAUUGGGAUUCCCGAACAUAAAGAUUAUUUCACAGUUGGAUACAGAGUAACGAAUAUGUUUGCAGUCAGUAGUCGAUAUGGGACACCCGAAGAUUUCAAACGCCUUGUUGAUGAAGCACAUGGACUUGGAUUGCUUGUGUUCAUGGACAUUGUUCAUUCUUACUCUGCUGCUGAUGAGAUGGUUGGAUUGUCUCUCUUUGAUGGAUCAAAUGAUUGCUAUUUUCACACUGGUAAGCGAGGACAACAUAAGUUUUGGGGUACUAGAAUGUUCAAAUAUGAAGAUCUUGAUGUUCUUCAUUAUCUGCUCUCGAAUCUAAAUUGGUGGGUUGUAGAGUACAAUGUUGAUGGUUUUAAUUUUCAUUCUCUUGCUUCAAUGAUGUAUACACACAACGGUUUUGCCUCAUUUACGGGUGAUAUGGAGGAGUUUUAUAAUCAAUAUGUUGAUAGGGACGCGAUAUUAUACCUCAUAUUGGCAAACGAAAUUUUGCAUACUCUUCAUCCUAAAAUAAUAACAAUAGCGGAAGAUGCUACGCUUUAUCCUGGGUUAUGUGAGCCUACUUCUCAAGGUGGAUUAGGGUUCGAUUACUUUGUAAACCCUCGUGCUUCAGAGAUGUGGUUAUCGUUUCUUGAAAAUGUUCAAGAUUCUAAUUGGAGCAUGAGUAAGAUUGUGAACACCCUUGUUGAGAUUAGUAAAAGUCCCGAUAAGAUGCUUUUAUAUGCUGAAAACCACAAUCAGUCGAUAUCCGGAGGGCGAUCUUUUGCUGAAAUAUUAUAUGGUAAAUCAUCGGUUAUGAAUGAGUCGUUACUUAGAGGCUGUUCUCUUCAUAAGAUGAUUAGGUUAAUUACGUACACAAUUGGUGGUCGUGCUUAUCUAAACUUUAUGGGCAAUGAAUUUGGGCAUCCGAAGAGGGUGGAAUUUCCAAUGUCGAGUAAUGAUUUUUCCUUCUCACUUGCUAAUCGGGAUUGGGAUUUACUUGCUAAAGAAGGGGUUCAUCAAGAUUUGCUUUCUUUCGAUAAGGACAUGAUGAACUUGGAAAAUUCAGAAAGAAUAGUUUCAAGAUGGCUUCCAAAUAUUCAUCAUAUCAAUGACACUAAUAUGGUGAUAUCAUAUUUACGAGGCCCAUUUCUCUUUAUUUUCAACUUUCAUCCCACAAAUUCGUAUGAAAAAUACAAUGUAGGCGUAGAAGAAGCUGGAGAGUAUCAGGUUAUUCUGAAUACUGAUGAAAAAAAGUACAGUGGUCAAGGAUCAAUAGGGCCUGAUCAGAAGGUUCGGAAAACCAUAAGUAGAAGGGUUGAUGGAAUGCGUAACUGCUUAGAAGUACCAUUGCCAAGUAGAAGUGCUCAGGCUUACAAAUUAACUCGGAUAUUAAGAGUAUGAACAUCGCCACGUGGCAUUAUUUUUGCUGAUUUUGAAUGCAAACUUGUAUUUAACAUGUUUAUAGUUCGUAUUCAUCUUGUACUUUUUUUUCUUUUCUAAUGUACAUUUUAAUGUAACAUAAAACUUUAAGGUAAUUAGUGUUGAGCUUGAGUUUAUCAA